UAAUGAACAACAAGGUCUUCUACCAGCACCCCAACUUGAUGAGGGCCCUGGGCAUGCAUGAGACUGUCAUGGAGGUGAUGGUGAACGUUCUGGGAGGAGGGGACUCAAAGGAAAUCCGCUUCCCUAAAAUGGUGACCAACUGUUGCCGCUUCUUGUGCUACUUCUGCCGCAUCAGUCGCCAGAACCAACGCUCCAUGUUUGACCAUCUCAGCUACCUGCUGCAGAAUAGCGGGAUCGGGCUGGGAUUUCCCAGGUCCAGUGGGCGACUUCCGAAGUCCGUAGAGGUUCAAGGUCAGCGCCUCCACGUGAAAAGAGUGGAUCACACUGUGAAUACCACCUUCAUCUGCCAAGCCACCAAUCGUGUGGGGCAGGUUUCGACGCAGCAAAUCAUCCUCGUCCGGGACCAGCCGGUGAAGAGUCAGAGCCGCAACGUUGGAGCCCUGGUCGGGGGUAUCGUGGGGGGGAUCCUGGCCCUGGCACUUCUGGGGAUCAUAGUCUUCUUCAUCCUGCACCGCCGGCACCUCCGAGCUCCCAAAGGCUCCUUUGACCCCAAGGCUCGGGCCUUGGGCAACGGCACUGCUCAGCCCCCGACCCACGACUUCACCGAACUCGACCAGCCACUGAAACCCGCCAUGGGGCGAAAACCAGAGGAGGACGAGGAAGACGAUUACAGAGAGGAGGUUACGCGCGAGGAACGGCGGCACCCUCCCUACGGCUACGCCCCGCGGCACCGGGAGGAUGAGGAGGAACGAUUCGACCAGCUGGGCCCCAUUCUGCGAUUCAGCCCCAACCCGCAUGGCUACGAGUACGACGACAUGGAAUCGCAGCACGACGGCUCUAUCAUCUCCAAAACGGCUGUCUAUGUGUGAGCUCAGUCUGGACAAGCCGUCCUGCA